AUGGAAUGUGGCUCACCCUUUCAUCAUCAAGAGUCAUGGUCCGUUCCUUCUCCCCCUCUUUUACCUUUCGACGUCUUUUAUCGCUGUCGUUUCACUCCCCCUGCUUCUCAUGUAGUCCUUGUAUCGCUUUGCGACGAAGAGGCGCUCUCGACUACUAGAGAAUCCAAGGACACCGCCAUUUGUAUUUUUGACAACGAGACUGAUACAGAAGAUGAGGACGACGACUCGCAAUCAGGCACAGCAUCUAAGACCAGCAUCGCAGACCAUUUGGGUAAGUACUACAGCCUGUAUAUAGAUAGCACGGUCACCAAACGCAGUCCAACUGGGUCAGAGGCCGCCAUCGGUAUGAAUACUACGCCGGCAGUACCUCCGGCUCGAGUGCAAGGCGACCCCAUUUGGACACACGACUCACACAUGGACCCCUUCGCUGAUCCUGAACCGAAUCAACAAUGUCCUUGUCAGGCGAAUCGCACGUCCGCUGGUGACUCGACGGCUUGUACAGAUCCAUGUCUGGGUGUGUCGGACGAACAACAGCUUGUCCCCGAAGCCACCUGGGCCACCAGCGAGCCGGGCAUCAUGAUAAUCGAUGCUCUCUCUGACGAAGGAUCCUGCCAUGGGACACAGAGUAGUCCCGCGCCCCUUCAAUGCGCACAUACACGAAGUGUGGCGAGCACUUCGCGCGAUGAUGCCAUCCCUGGAGCCCGCACUUCAUCCCCCCUAGUAAGGCUGUCAUCCAAAUCACAACAAGAGCAAGACUUCGACCACACAAGCUGCGGAUACAGCGAUGUCGAGCCCGAGUCCUCGGAGGCUGAAUCUGGACCGCCAUUUGGAGUCCGAGUAUCUCCCCCGUCUCAGGAGUUGCCGUCCUCACAUGCACAUGAAACGGUGCAGGAUAAGGACUGUGACGUAGAUACUGAAGACUCUGGCAGUGAGGAUGGCCUCGACGUCCAAGAAUUUCAAGUGUCUCGCCAAAUACGAUCGACAAGACGUACCACACAGUUACCGAGAGGGUGUCGAACGUCUGUAUGCAGAAUUGAAAGUCCAGCGCCAUCACAGAGAAGACCAGGCCCCUCCGAGGCUAGCACGUUCCUUGCUCGAUUCGAGAAAUGGCCUCUCAGUGACGUGUCAUUGAAACGCAUCACUGAGGGCGACAAGGCGACAUUUCAAUUGCAGUUUGAAUGGACACCUGAUCUAUGUCAACCGCCUGCCGACGGAUCCGUAUCGCAUCCUAGGACGGGCAGAGGACCGCCUAAGGCCUCGCUUUCGGCUACAAGAUCAUCCGGUGAAAAGUGGACGUCAGAAGAGGAAGAUAUUGUGCGCAGGAUGAGACAAGAUGGCUGUUCUUGGGCCGAGAUCCAGCGCACCCUUCCCCAUCGUUCCCAGGGCAUGAUCCAAGUCCGAUUCUCGACUAAACUAAAGAAAAAAGGUUGACGAGGUCGGGCAUUAGGCUGGG